UAAUUUUCUAUCAGGUUGAUUCACCAGAACCUUCCUUAUCUUCGAUACUAAUUUGAAGUGGAUGCUGAAGCUAGUAGUUGCCUGUGUAUUUUUGACUUCUUACUUGCAUGGGACUUGACUGUACUUUUGUACAAAACCAAGGAUAGAACGGUCACGUUGAAUGCGUGAAACGGCUGCGUUUUAAUGCGACCCAUUUGCUUGCCGGGGAAAGCGGCUUGCGGUUUCAGUGAAAUCUCCUACUCAGACUUGGCAGGCUCGACCCUCGACGACUGCUGUACUACUGUUUCUCUCUCUUCAUCGCCGUCCGAGAAAGUAAAUGGCGAAAAGGCGCGACCGCCGAGUCGUGCAGAGUUCAGGUCGCCGUCAAGCCCGCGGCGACACGUCCACUCAAGUGGACCAAUUCAGCGAGUCAGCAGCUUCAGAUCGCAAGCUCAUCACCAUUUUCGUCUCCUUCUUCAUCGUAAUUCCCGCCGUCUCCGUACUGGUAUACUGUAUCAAAUAUGUUCCAAAUACGUACAGAACGGAAUCACAUGCACACCAAGAAGGGCGUGUUAAAACUGAUUUGAAUUACCAAGAAAUCCUCAGUAAGAAUUCAAAGGUUUCAAAUAAUGCAUCUCACCGGCAGUAUACAUAUCCAGUACUAGCAUACAUUACUCCCUGGAAUUCUAAAGGGUAUGAAAUGGCAAAGAGGUUCACGAACAAGUUUACGCAUUUAUCGCCUGUCUGGUAUGAUCUGAGGAGCCAAGGCACCGACUUAACACUGCAAGGGAGGCAUAAUGCUGAUAAAGGAUGGAUCUCAGAGCUUAGAAUGAAAGGAGAUGCUCUGGUGUUACCUAGAGUUGUUUUGGAAGCAUUUCCAAAAGAGAUGCUUAUCAAGAAGAAACUGAGGGAUAAAGCUAUUGAGCUUAUAGUAUCAGAGUGCAAGGAAAUGGAAUAUGAUGGAAUUGUGCUCGAGUCCUGGUCAAGGUGGGCAGCUUAUGGCAUCUUGCGUGAUCCAGAUACGAGGAAUAAGGCCCUGAAGUUUAUAAAACAACUUGGGCAUGCACUGCACUCUGUGAGCUCAGCAAGGAGCAGUAAGCAACCUUUACAGUUGGUCUACGUUAUAGGGCCACCACAUUCAGAGAAGCUUCAAGUGCAUGACUUUGGCCCAGAGGAUCUUCAGAGCUUGAAUGAUGCUGUAGAUGGUUUCUCACUCAUGACCUAUGACUUCUCAAGUCCUCAUAAUCCUGGUCCAAAUGCACCUUUGAAGUGGAUCCGUUUCACCCUGCAGCUGCUCCUUGGCACCACUGGCAGUGAUGCCUGGACCCAAGCCCAUAAAAUAUUUCUUGGCAUCAAUUUUUACGGAAAUGAUUUUCUCCUUUCUGAAGGUUCUGGUGGGGGAGCUAUUAUUGGGAGAGAUUACCUCUCUUUAUUGGAGAAGCACAAGCCUGACUUGCGAUGGGAGGAGGGCAGUGCAGAGCAUUUUUUCCUCUAUGUUGAUGAUGAAAAUAAAAAUCAUGCGGUGUUCUACCCAUCUUUAACAUCAGUUUCUCUACGACUAGAGGAAGCUCGAAUAUGGGGAACGGGCAUCUCGAUCUGGGAAAUUGGGCAAGGUUUGGAUUGCUUUUUUGAUCUUUUGUGAGAAGCAAGUUUUGUUGUUUUUGUUAUUAAAAAAGAUCUUUAUAGGAUGUACCGUUCAUCUCCAACUGUAUACUGUAAAAAAUUUUGCUGAAGUUCAGUUUCAUCUAAUGGAGUUCGUUGGCCAUUGGCCAUGAUCACCUUAUAUAAAAUAAUUUUUGGUUUAA